AUAUCCGUAAUUUGUAACAUAGAAAGUAAAUUUAUAUACGAGUAAUUAAUAUUAAAUAAUCAAUAGUAGUACUACUGGUACACGUACCAUGGGAAGAACACCUUGUGAGAAAAAUGGUAUAUUAAGGAAAGGUCCAUGGACUAGUGAAGAAGAUGAAAAGCUCAUUGAUUACAUUCACAAAAAUGGUUAUGGAAAUUGGAGGACUCUUCCCAAGAAUGCUGGUCUACAAAGAUGCGGAAAAAGCUGUAGAUUGAGAUGGACUAAUUAUCUUAGACCUGAUAUCAAAAGAGGCAAGUUCAGUUCUGAUGAGGAAGAAACUAUCAUUCAACUUCAUAGUGCCAUGGGUAAUAAAUGGUCCACAAUCGCGGCUCGUUUGCCAGGAAGAACAGAUAAUGAAAUUAAAAAUUAUUGGAAUACCCACAUCAGGAAAAAGCUUCUUCGAAUGGGAAUUGAUCCAGUCACUCACAAUCGUCGACUUGAUCUUCUUGAUGUCGCAUCCCUUUUAAACGCGCCUCUUUACAACUCGUCUCAAAUGAGUUUGUUAGGGAUCCAUAAUGUAGUUAACCCAGAAUUACUAAGAUUUGCUGCUUCUCUCCUUUCAUCUCAGUGCAAUCAGCAAAAUGCUACCUUCGUCGGUCUAAGUAUGCAAGAAAAUCUGCUUGAGAAAACGUUCCAAGUCCAAGAAAACAAUCAUCUAGUCCAAGACCAAACCUUAAUUCCAGGAGAGGUCCCAUUUCCUAGUGAAACAUUUAAGCUCAUGGAACCCAAUCAACACGAAUUUCUCAAGUAUCAAAAGCCCAACAUUUAUCAGGCAAUAGAUAGUUUAGCUUGCAAUAACCUUGAAAACUUUGUCCCAUUAGAUGAUCACAACUACGGCUAUCACAUGGAUCCUCAAUUAAACGUUCGAAGCAAGUUUUGUCAUGCAUCUAGUAUCUUAAAUUCUUCAAUGGCAUCAUCAAGCUCUAGUCCUAUGAACUCGAAUUCAAAUUCGACUUGCAUCACUGGAAGUAACAGAGAAGAUGCAGAUACUAGUAGCAACUUGCUUAAGUACCAAGAAUUGAAUGCUAAUGUUUUUUACAAUUUUUCUUAACGCAUUUUAGUACAAGUCAAUGAUAUUGCAUUUUUUCCAAAAUUAAUUAAAUACAGAUUAUUUAUCCCAAA